AUGGCAGACGAAUACCGCAGAGGACGGGUGGAACCACCACGAGAUAAUGCUGAAGACCUGCGCUACCCACCUCCUCCCGAGGGUGAAGACCGAAGGCGACUCCCCGCAACAGGACCAGACGGCAUGCCGCUCCCGCCCAUGCCCUACCCGCCUCCUGGCCCGCCGUAUCAAUCGGAUCCGCGGUACCAAGAGAGGGCUUAUGCACCAGACCCAAGAUACCAAGCGGACCCGAGGGGCUGGAUGCCGGAGCCACCCGCCCCGAACGGCUACGCUCCUCAACCAGAUGCUCGUUAUCCUCCACCUUUCCCCCCCCAGGACCCACGUCAGUUUGAAGACCGUCGGCAGUUCGAUGACCGUAGGCCGUACGACGACAGGAGGCAGUACGACGACCGGCGGCAGUACGACGACCGGAGACAGUAUGAUGAGCAGCGGUUGUACGACGAGCAGAGGCAGUACAACGACCGGAGGGGGUAUCCUCCUGAUCCAUACUACGAUCCGCAGCAGGCCCCGCCGGGCAGGGGCGGGUACGGCGCCGACUACUAUAGGUACCCGCCCGGGCCUUAUUACGGAAUGGGCCCUCCGCCACCGCCGCCCCCUUCCCAACAACAAUCCGCACCGAGGCAAAGGACGUCGAUUGCCUGCCGAUAUUGCCGCAAGAGAAAGAUCCGCUGCAGUGGCUACACGCACACCACUAAUGGUAAAUGCACCAACUGCGACAAACUCCGAAUCGACUGCAUCUUUCAGCCCGUGUCGUCGAAUUCCUCGGCCGCAUUUGUCCCGGUGUCGGCGGUCCCGGGCGGAGUUCCGCCGGGGACGCCGCUCUACGGGGCUUAUGGCCAACCUUUACCCCCCACCGCCCAGUCAGGUCAGCAACCUCGUGCUUAUCCGUACCCGGCCGCUGAAUACACCCCACCGAUGCAUUCACCCACGGGGUCUUACCCACCACCACCUUACGACGACAAGGAUCCUAGCCGCCGACGAACCCGGCCGCCGGAGGAGGAGCACAGCGCUCGACCACCUCCGCCAAACUACCCGCUUGACGAUGACCCCCGAAGGCGAUCUCCUGUUUCAAUCCAUAGCAACGGCACCCCGCCCACAGUUUAUCACUCGUACCAGCAGAGCCCUUAUGACCGGGACACACCUCCCACCCCGAAUCAGAACACACCCGGCCGCCCCAUCCCGCCACCGUCACAGAUGCGAAACUCACAAGCUGGGCCAUCCCAGACGCAGCAGCAGCAGCAGCAACAACAGCCUCAGCAGCAGCAGCAGCAGUCUCAGCUCCCACCUCAGGCAAAGAGCCAGCCAAAUCCGAUGAGUCUGGAUAACCUGAUGGGCCCCGCACCUCGUACAGUCAACGAAAUUGACCAAAGCAUGCUGGGGAGGUUGAAUCGGCGAUCGUGA